AUGGAAAGUGAUUUCAAUGAAAUAACCGAUGAGCAAUUAAAGGAAUCUGUCGAGAGAAUGAAGACGUAUGAGGAACUUUUAAAAGCAGCAACUUCACGCCAAAAAUACAAACAACUUCCCGAAUAUUCAAUUUUAGAGGAACUUUUGACCAUCGAGGCGGCGGAAAAGAUCGAAGAUGUCGAAUUAGUCUUUGUCGUUGAGUCGAACAAAGAAAAGCGAGUGAACGAAAUCAUAGCGAAAAUGAACUCCCUGCAACGUCGAUUUCCGUUAAUCCGACUUGGCCUCUUACACUUUUAUACAGACAAAGGGACUCUCUGUUAUUCCCAAUGCAAAUUCUUUGCUCCAACUUCAUCGAUAUCGGAGUUAGUCAACUUAAGUUGGUCAUACACUGAUUACAAAGCCGUCACAGUGAACUUCGACGAUCUAAUCACAAACAUUUCAUACAUCGAUUGGCAACGCAAGUUGAAGAACGUCUUUGUGAUCUUGAAUCAAGGCAUAGUCACAAAAAAUCCAAUUAAGCCACAACUUGAAUUCUUCAACCACGUCUUUGUGACGUCCACCGCACUGUAUAAUGGAAGUGAACAACAGUCUUUAGAUCAAUUAGUUCUUUUGAGUAAGAAGUGUUCACACAUUUUUUACAGUCGAGUCAAUUUGUUCUCCCCGUUCAUUACCAAUGGUAUUUGGUUCAAUCAAUUACUCCCAAUAGAAUUGAAUGCACUCACAAUGGAAGAUAAAAUCGCCGCGUUAAGACAACUCGAGCAGAACCCAAACUUCGACGAUGUCCAGAGACUCAAGGGCGUCGUUGUGACAGUACCAACUAACUACACCAGUGGAGAUUCGUGUUUGUAUACAUUUGGCGUCAGUCCGACUUUAUCAACAAAGCAAAGUGUGAUAGAAAUAAACCCUCAGAUCGAGCACCACGGAGCUUUCAAAGUCAUGAUGAAAGGGAUUAUAGAUGGCGAGAAUGUCGCAGUGAAGUACGAUCAUGACCUUGUUAAUAAUACUUUUGAUAAUUACGUUGGCAUCUUAGAGGGUUAUUCCGUCACACAGAAGCUUUUAGAUGAGUUCAACACGAUGAAUGAACGUCAGGUGAAAUGUGUCGAUUGUAAACUCUUCAUCGCAGACAUUACUUUGCCAGAUGGGAUCUAUCCAGUCUCACAUUUACGACACUUAGCUGAAGGAAAGAUGCUCUUUCUAGUCGAGACACUCCUCACAGACUCGUUUAUUAAGUGGAAUUCAAACAAUGGAGACGUCAACUUCACGAACUAUUCUGCAACAUUAAAUUGCUUCAGUCAUUAUUCCUUCAUUCGUUCCGCUAAACGGUUACUAGUUGCUGAUAUCCAAGGGUGUCUCCACAACGAUGUGUACUUAAUCACAGACAUGGCAAUUCAUCAUGAAAUGCUCUGUCGAUUUGGUGCGAGUGGCGAUAAUAGUAGAGGCGUUGGGAUGGUCCACUUCUUAAAGACGCAUGUCUGCAACCAAAGUUGUAUAAAAUUGGGUCUCGACAAGGUUUUCAUCUGUGAUAAAGACGAAGAAAUGGUGACACAGGCGGUAUUGCCUGUUAUAACCGUGAAGUAA